GAAUGAGUGUGAAGAAUGACCCCUAUAUAAAGAAAGAAUCAAUAACUUGGUAAGAGCAUCACAAAGUUGAACUUCAACUAUUUGAGAGAAACAAAAAAAGAUUAAGUACAAUGGCAAACAAGUACCAUGUUCGUUCAAUUAGUUUGCCUUCUAGAUCUCAUCCUAGCACCAUUAGAGUAACUGAGGAUUUGAACAAGCUCAAAGCUUGGGAAGUAACAUCCACAUCCACUUGUACAUCUACAUCAGCCUCUAUUCAUAAUGGUCUUUCCUUACUUGAAGAUUUGUAUAUUUCAUUGGAACAUCUUCUCAACAUGCCAUCAACUCAACAACUCAUUUCUAGUCAUAGAGGUGAGAAGUUCGUUGAAGAAGUGUUGGAUAGUUCUAUGAGAAUUUUGGAUGUAUGUGGCAUCACAAGGGACACCAUGUUGCAAAUCAAGGAAAAUGUUCAAGCUCUUCAUUCUUCUCUUAGGAGAAGAAAAGGAGAUUCAUGUGUUGAAACAAGUGUGGCAGAAUACAAAUUCUUCACAAAAAAGAUGAGGAAAAAUGUCAACAAGUUGAUCACAUCUUUGAAGCACAUGGAUACCAAACUUGGGAUGUCUCCAAAUUUGGAACUUGAUCAUCACCUUUCUUCUGUUAUUAGAGUUCUUAGGGAAGUUAUUACAAUGAAUUUGUCUGUUUUUCAGUUCAUUUUGUCAUUUUUAAGUGUGUCUUCGUCAAAGUCAAAGGCUACAAAAUGGUUGUUGGUAGCAAAAUUGAUUCACAAGGGUGUUAUAACAUGUGAAGACAACUCAGAGAAUGGGAAUGAGUUGCAGUGUGUGGAAGCUGCUUUAAGCACACUUAUAAGUGAAGCCAAUAAUGGUGAAAAGUUGAAGGCUGCACAUGAAAGAUUAGAGGGUUUGGAGAAUGCUAUUGAAAGCAUUGAGAUUGGAUUGGAGAACUUAUUUAGACGUUUGAUUAAAACAAGAUCUUCCCUCUUGAAUAUAAUUUCUCAAUGAAACUAUUUAGUGACAAUUAUUUUUCUAAAAUUUGCUAUGCAAUCCAACCGUUUUAGUAUGGAUUAGUUGAGCAGUGAAUAUUUUAGCUCGAUGAUUGUUAAUGUAUAAAAUUUAAUAGUAAUACCAUGAAAUGCUAAGGAAAAGAUUAGCAUUUGAGUGUCUUGUAUAUA